CGUCAGCGGGGAGCAGAGCAAACACUCCGCCUUAUCUCGGCCCCGGGCCUAUAAGGCGGCCGCUCUCCGAUGGAGUCAGUCCUUUCCCGCUCACCAGUCUCCUGACAGGAUGAGGCUCCUGGUGCUGGCUGCUCUGCUCACAGUGUGCGCCGCAGAGGCCGGCCUCGGCACGCGGGCCGUGUGGCAGUUCAGAAACAUGAUCAAGUGCACGAUACCUGAGAGCGACCCCCUGAAAGAUUACAACAACUACGGCUGCUACUGCGGCCUGGGCGGCUCCGGCACCCCCGUGGAUGAGCUGGACAAGUGCUGCCAGAUACACGACCGCUGCUACGACCAAGCCAAGAAGCUGGACAGCUGCAAGUUCCUCCUGGACAACCCCUACACCAAGAGCUACUCCUACAAGUGCUCCGGCUCAGAGAUCACCUGCAGCAGCAAAAACAAACCCUGCCAGGCCUUCAUCUGCGAGUGCGACCGCAACGCUGCCAUCUGCUUCUCCAAGGCCCCUUACAACAAGGAGCACAAGAACCUGUCCGCCAAGUUCUGUCAGGACUGAGCCGCCUCUGUAACGCCUUUCCCCUGUGGCUCCGCCUCACGCGGUGCCCUCCAUAAAGCACCUUGCUGAAAGGC